CAUACUGGGUGCAUCACUUCUUUAAAUAGGUUUCUUUCAGUCAUUCAUCCUCAGUAAAGAAAACCCAUUUUACACAAGUCAUAAUUGCCUUGUUAUAUACAUUACUAUUAUUUUAAAGCAGUAUCUAUACCUGAUCCAAGAAAGGAUAUUUCAUUUUAAACAAACCACUCCAAAAGAAUAAAUGUAGAUAAUUGGUUCAGUUUGUUUGUUGUAAAUACAGCCUAAUAGAACCAUCUGAUGAACGUACAAAGGAAACUAUACUUUUUAAGUCACAACUGGUUAUGCCUUUUGUAACUAGUUGUUGCCAAGAAUGAGUGAUGACCAUGAGGGGAGAGACGGGUGCCUGGAGAGAACUAGUUUCCCCUUAUUUCACCCAAAGAAAAGUAAAAUACUCUCCAGAACUGUUACAGGAAGUGAUAGAGCUAGGAAACUUGACAGGUAUGGAGGGACAAACAUUGAGGAGUUGGAAGAUGAAGGGUACAGGGGGAGAGAGGACUUGCAAGCUGAACAGUUGACAGGCAGUAGUGCUGGCAGCAGUAAUAUUGGUAUGAGGCUUCCAGUACCAGAAGUAGCCAGUGCUGAUCUCCUCAUGAGUCAGGGAUCAUCUGUUUCUUCGGGAAGUGGCCUUGGCCAAUAUGUACUGAACCCAUUUCUAGCCAUGGGCAUUCAGUUGCCACAGCUGGCCCUUCUGCUGCAGCAACAACAUCUUCAGCGGCAGCAGCCAGCCACCACACCUGCCAUUGGUCAUUCACUGGCAUCAGACCAUAUACGUGAUAUUGCUCCUCCAUUAGAUCACAGCAAGACCUGGUCACAUAACAUUCCAGCUUUUCCUCACCUUGGGAACAGUACCUCAACCAGAACUGCUGCAAAUCCAGUAUCUUUGGCUGGUGCCACCUCAAAUUUAGUAACAUCACAGAUCCGGCCAAUGGUGCAAGUGCCCAGAGAAAACCAACCAGUGCAAGCAAACAAAGACGAUUCAGUUUCUGGUAACAAUAGCAGUGCUAACAAACACCCAUUUGUAUGUGAAAUAUGCCGGCAGUGGUUUUUUGCAAAGGAAAAGUUCAUUAUGCAUUUAGUUAUGAAUCAUAACAUGCAUUAUUGUCGCUUUUGCUCAGAAUUGUUUGAUGUAGUUGAGAUGCGGGAUGUGCAUAUUGUGAGGACACACUUACCCUUACAAUGUGAUAUGUGCGAAUCUCAGCUUCCAAGUUCUGAAUCAUUGUCAGAACACUAUCUGAGUUCUCAUGAUGUACAAAGUUGUCUUUAUUGUGGAGUUCUGGUGCGCCCAAAAUCCUAUUACAGCACACAUGCCAGAAAGAAACACUUUAUAUCAAAUGAAGACAUGUUGGAAAGUGAAGCAAGAAUACGAAUUUUUCAAAAUUGGGGAACAGAAAUAGGCAGUGGUGGCUCUGUUUGGAACUUUACUUGUAACCUCUGCGGCAAAGAACGUAAGAGAAGUGAGACAUUUGGACAUUUCUUUUCAUAUCAUCGUGUGUCGCUACCAUGUUUAAUGCAACUUUUGACAGGAGAAGGAGUUUCUAUUUCUGUGCAAGGCACGCCACCUACUUCCACUAGUUUUCAGCAUUCUGCAGAUGAAACUCCAUUGUCUGUAGUGCCAGAGUCUUCUGUUAUCUCAGGGAAUUCAUUAACUAUUGAUGAAAACCGAAGUAGUCAACUGUGCUGUACUGUGUGUGGAAAUUCAUUUACACAGCUUGUGCCAAAGUCUGCUCAUGAACUUUUCUGCCGUGGACUGAGUGUGUGUCGUGUCUGUGAACAGGCGUUUCCAAAUGUGAUAGUGCGAAAUGCUCAUAUGCUUGGAGAGCAUGGAAAGUUACCAUGCCGCAUCGGGUGCUCUCCAGAUUCAGCCAGUUUCUCUCAGGAUGUGGAAUUGUCAACACAUUAUUGGCACGAACACAAUAUUUUUGUCUGCACAUAUUGCAAAGCUCUGGUGGCUGCUGAUAAAAAGCUUUUUGCGGAGCACCUGAAAAGGGAACAUAAUUGCUUACCUGAUUGCCCUGCUUUGCAGGGAAAUGGUGUUGGGAAUGGGAUCUUCCAGUGCAGGUCUUCUAAAAUGAGUUUAUUUGUGUAUUGCACUCUUUGUGAUUUGGAUUUAACAACUAUCAUGAAAGAUAUUAAUCUCCUUUUUAAACACUUUCAGUAUCAUAAGAUUAGUGUUUCUGCUGCACUGGAGCUUCUUGAGAACCAUUCAACAUUCAGUAGUAAUUCAUUUCAACAUACAGAUGACAAAGGAGAACAACUUAGUGAAAAGGAUACUUCAGUAAUUGGUGAUGAAUUUCAGACUAAUUCCAACAAAUUGCCUGCCAUAGACGAGAGAGAAACAUUAGAGGCUUCAUCAAGAGAUGACAAAGAAAAAACCAAAUCUACACCAGACUUGUCUUCAUCUGUAACUGAUACUUCACAAAUCAGAGGAACUGAUGAUGUGUUCAAUGAUGACAUAUCAAAUGUAAGAGAAAGUAAUUCAACAUCAAUGGAUUCAUUUCCUAGAGUGAGUAUCAAAGAGAAACGAGAGUCUUGCAGGAGUAGUAAACAACUUAAAGCUAAGUUAAAUGUGGUAGAAGAAAGAGAUGAUGAAAGAAGUGGUUCAACCAGAGUAAAUGAUGAUGUAAUUGAUGACUCGUCUAGUGAUCUGCAGUCAUCAGAUGAAGAGUUUGGAAUAUCUGAGGCAGAUGCAAUUGAUAAUGAAUACACAGAAGAGGAUGAAAGCACAGCAACAGAGGAGCUCAAACCGGGAGGUGGCAGUAGUGGUGUAGGCAGUGAUAUUGCCGAAGCAGAAUUUGAUCCACAUGAUGUUGAAUGUGUGUUUACAGACACAAGUGAUGAUGAAUGUGAUGAUGCAGAGUGUUCACUAAACAUCUCCGUGAAGAGAGAACAACUUGAUGCGCAAGAGAGAGAAACAGAACCGGAAAAUACUCUGGCCACAGCAGCUGGGACUGAUGAAAGCAGUGAUGUGCAGGUGAAAGUAGAAAAGGCAGAUCAAGGAGACCAGAAAAACAAAACCCAUUCACCACCAGCAGAAAUAAUGUGUGAAAUCUGUCAAGGACAGUUCGUCACAGAAGAUGGUGCACCCGAACUUGCACGCCACAUGAAUGUUUCGCAUGGAUUUGCAGUGUCUACCUAUGGUGUUCGUCAGUUCACAUGUGAUGUGAAUCAGUGUGGUGAAUCAUUUGUCUCCCAGACUGCUUUAGACCACCAUAUGACAAGAUUGCAUGAAGGACCACCUGCUAGUUCCAGUUCAGAAAGUACAACCGAAUACGGAUGUCCAUUUUGUGCUAUUCGAUCAUGUGUGAAAGCUGCUCUGCGUCAGCAUAUUUUCUCUGCCCACUCUAAAGAAAGCGCACGUGAAUCACCACCCCAAGAGCUCAGAUAUCAGUGUCGACAUUGCAACAUUGGAUUCUGGAGUGUAGAAGAGAGAAAUGACCAUCACGUUCUGAAGCAUGAAGACCAGAUUGAGAGCUUCUACAAGUGCUGUAUCUGUCAGCGGGUGUAUGCCAGUAAGUUGUGUCUCAAUCGUCACAUGCGCCUGGAUCAUGCAAGUGAGCAUCUGUAUUCAUCUCUGGCAUACAAAUGCCGUCUCUGCCUGACUCUCAUCCCAUCAACAUUAAUGUUGCGCCAACAUUUCCGAGAAAGUCAUCCAUCAUCUCUGGUAUUCCACUGCCAUCGAUGCAACACCACACUCAAGACUAAGAAAACACUGAAAUGCCACAUAAAGAAUGUACAUUCAGAGGAGAGGAGAAGAGAUUGUGGCUUAUGUGGAAAAGUACUGUGGAGCAAACGAGCUUACGCUAUUCACUUCCGUAUGAAGCACAGUGCUCAGUCUAAAGUUGGAUUCCGGUGUCGUAUUUGUCAACAACGCUUUGACUCUAAAGAUGAAAGGAAACUGCAUUACCAAGUAGAUCAUUCAGGAGAAAGUCCAUACCAUUGUGCUGAAUGUGGCAAGGGGUUUGCCUCAAAAUCUGGAAUGUAUGGCCAUCGGCAGCUGCAUACUGGUUCUGGUAUCUCAAAGUGCGAGUAUUGUGGCAAGGAGUUCACCCGAAAGGACAGCUAUAAUGAACACCUUCUCAUCCACAAUGGUCCAAGACAUAAAUGCCCUCACUGCCCAAAAGAAUUUGUACAAAGAUCAAACUUAGUCAGACAUAUAAGGAUACAUACUGGAGAAAAACCUUACAAGUGCCUCUACUGUGAGAAAUGUUUCUCUGACAAGGGAGCUUGCAACUCCCAUAUUAGAGUACAUACUCGUGAAGAAACAUGUAGUUGUCCGUACUGUGGGCAGACCUUCUCAAAGAAACAGAAACUGAAGUACCAUAUCCGGAAACACACUGGGGAAGGUUUAAUGACUUGCGAGAUAUGCAAUAAAACAUUCACAAAUAGUUUUGCACUAAAAGAGCAUCGCGUCAUCCACAAUCGGCAGACCCAAAUCCUAUGCCAGCAGUGUGGAAAGGGAUUCAACAGUGAAAAAUACCUCCAACGACAUGUGGCCAUAGUGCAUGAGCCGACAAAACUUUUUGCUUGUCCUUUGUGCCCUAAGGUGUUUUCACAGCACGGUCGUCUUAAGGCACACCUGAUGACACAUACUGGUGUGAAGCACAUGAAGUGUCUGUUAUGUGAGAAAGCUUACUCUGUUCGGAAGUCAUUACGCAGACAUUUAUUGGAAAAGCAUCAAGUUUCACCAGAACACCCACAGUAUAAAAACUGCUUCUAUGCAAUGUCGGCCGCAGAAGCGGGCCUACUUAUUCCAGAGGGAGCAGGUCCAUUUGUGCCCCCCGAUGAUGAUUCCACCAGUCAGUCAAAGGAUGAUGAAGAUUAUCAUCCAAAGAAACCACCACCUCGUAAAUUCCCUCGAAAAACACCUGGCAGGAAAGGACCAGGAAGAAGAGGUGUAUCAAAGGGCUCUGCAGCGUUUGAAGUGUAUAACUCGCAGGAGGGUGGUUCACCGUCGGGUGAAGUAGGUGAAGUGAAGAGGACCCGUAGAAAAUAUAACACAAAAAAGAGGCAGAGAGAAGCAGCAGAGGCAGCUGCCUUGGCGGCUGCUGCUGCAGAGGGAGGUGUCACUGGUACAACAACAUCUGACUAUGCCAUUCCUGCCCUGUUGGAUACAGAACCUGUAAGUCCAUCAUCAACAGAUGGACCAGCUAGGAGAACACGCCAGAAGUCAUCUCCGAAAGUAGCACCGCCGUUGAUCUUUCAUAUGGACUCCAGCAGCAGUGCAGAUGAAGCUCCUAAUUCUCCUCCUCCACCUAAAAGAAAGGUGGGUAGGCCUCCCAAACGUCAACAGCCAUCUACAGCACAGAUGAAGAAACUCCAAUUGGCAGGCAAAAAGAAACGCAGGGUGGAAGCAAUUGUGGAGAUUCUUCAGAAGACUAGCAGUUCUCCAAGUAGUGCAAGUCCUAGGGAAGAGGAGGAAGACCGAAGCUUAAAAGGCUCAGAAAUGAAAUCUGAGUCCACAGGUAGAACUUAUCCAGACCCUGACAGUGACGAUGCGCCAGUCUUGGCCAAAAUUUUGCCUCUUAAUUGUCCUCAGAAGCAAAGAAAAAGCUCAUUCGAAUCUCAGCCUAGUGUUUUCAGGGAGGAGGACAAGAUGUGUUAGUUUAGAAUCUUUAAAUAAUACAAUGCCAAAUGAUAGCAUAAAAAUUUUUGUUUCGGCAGACAUUUUUAAACAUCUUUUUGUAUUGUACCCAAAAAUUUCUUAAAUGAGUCUUUUCUUGUGAAUGUUCAUAAGACAUUAUUGUGAUGUUUAUCUUUGUCCCUGUUCAGAGAAGUUUGUUAUGGACGGGUGACAUGGUUGUGAAAAUUUCUUUGCCAUUAUGAGCAGAGUGCAUAUUUGUCAGAUACAGUAGUAAUGAGAAAACAGACAGGUGCCAGUUACUAUCCAAAGCAUUUAUAGUACAGAUGUUUGCAUUAUUUCAUUGUAGGAUAUAUUGCUUAUUCUGAUAUAUUUAGGAGGCUGCUGUUUGUUUUUAUGCUUAUUUUUUGUUUUCAGAAACUGGGAAAUGGAACUAUUUUGUAGCAGAUUUAAAGCUGUUAAUUUAUAUAUUGCUUGCAUUAUAUGUCAUUUAAGUACAUAUCCUGUGUAGUAAUACCUUUCAGGUACUUAAGGGUUUUGUUAAAAUAUUUGACUGAUUAUCUUUGAAAUUUGUCACUUAAUGUCUAACAGUUAUUACAAAGUAAUACAGAACUGAAACUAUCACUGCCACUAGAGAUUGAUGAUAAUUAAUUCUGCAUAAGUAAAAUGUGUGAGCAGAAGUUGGGUGGAGCACUGGUCACGUUCUAAAACUUUUAGUUGUCAAAGGACAGAGAAAUUCCAGUUUACAUAGAUGAAAUAAUUAGAGAGUUUAUCAUUAACCGUUCUUUGUAACUUUCUCAAUAAUAACAGAAAUCAUUCAUAAUUUGAGGGAACACAGCUCAGGAUGGGAGUGCACUUUUAUAGACAAAGCAACGCUGACAGUGC